AUGGAAUAAGAAGAAAUUACAACAAAUUUGUAAUAAAUAGUAUAAGAGGAUGAAAAGUAAAAUCAAAUUUUCAUGAAUAUUUAGUUAAAAUAAUGUCCGACACAACGAUAUUAUAUAUUUAAAAUCAUAUUUACCUGAAGAUAAUAAAGGUCUAAUUUCUGGUGAUGGAUUUGCAACAAAUAAAGUUGAAUGCCUUCUUCUUUAAAAAUAAUCAAAUGAUUUUUUUGCAAGUAAAUAAACCGACUUUUUACCGAUAAAAUAACCAGAAAGUUUAUAAAACAAAUCAGCAGAAUGGAAUAUUUUUAAGUGUUUAUUUAGGAUUCUUGAUAGUAAUCGUUUCAAUAUCAUAUAAUCAGGAAAUGAAUGCGAUUAAGAAACUCAAAUAGAAAUUUAAGAACCUAAUGAAAGUGACACAAAUAUCAUAUAUGGAUAAGACUUUUAUUUAUAACAUUUAUAUUCAAAAUGUUAUUUAACAUUAAACAGUUAAACUUUAGCAAAAGAGAACUGUUGUAGAGAACUUAGAUUAGAAGAAAAGAAUACACUUAUACCUGAUUAUUCUAAAUUUAUGUUUUAAUCGAAUACCAAAAGCUAUGGUGAACCAGUAGUAUAUGGUGAUAUUCUAUUUUUAAAAAGCGGUGUUCCUCAUUUAAUUUAAUGGGGAUUAGGAAUAUCAUAGAAAAGUCCUUUUUCUGAUGUUCAUGCUUCAUAAAUUGCUUCUAAAAUUAGAAUUUGUAAUUAUGUCGUAAAUGAUAAUGAAAUUAUGAACGGAGAUAUUAUUGUUUUUAAAAAUAGACUUUUUGGAGGUUAUUUGAGUUUAAAAAGAGAAAAAUCAUCAACUAAGUUACUAAAAAAAAGAAAUAUAUAUAAAAACAAUUAAAUUUUAGAAUAAGAUUAUAUCGAUUUAUACGAAUUUAAAUCAUAAGAAAAUUUAGAUGAAAUGUUUAAUAUUACAUUAGAAAAGGAUCUAUAAUUAAAUUCUCUUUGGCAAUUAAUAGGUUUUAAUAAAAAAGUUGAUAAAAUAAUUUAUAAAAGUUAUAUAAUAAGAAAUGUAUUAACCGGAACUUUUUUAUUUAUAGAAAAUGGAAAAUUAGGCUUAUCAUAUAAUGGUUUAAAACAUAAAAAUGAAUUUUAAAUUAAGAACUUAAAAAAAGCUGAAUAAAAAAUAAAUUCUGGUUAGUUUUAUAGGAUUUUAAGAAUUUAAAAAGAUCAAAAUACUGAUGAAUCUUAAACUUUUAUUAUUUAAUGUUCUAGUAAUAAUGAAGUAAAUAUAACUACAAAUUGUUAAAAAACAUAGUAUGAUUAAUAACUCUUUAAAGUUGCUAAAAGUUCUAAUCAAGAUGCUAUGGCUGCUAAUAAAAUUUAAGCAUUUUAUUUUGGAAUCGUUGACUUUUAUAUAUUUUUAUAAGAUUGGGCUUUGGAUAAAGAAUUAAAAUAUUAAUAUUAUAUUGCUGUCUAUAAUUAAAAAUAAUUAUAAGAUGAAAUCAAUUAAUUUAAAUAACUUUUAAAGAAUAUUAAUUCUUUUUUAGAUCAAGAUAAAAAUGUUAUAAUUGAAGAAACAAAAUAAAAUCAAUUUAAUCUAUGCAAAAAUGAUAUUUUAGAUUUACUUAUUAAAUUACAAUAAUUAGUCAAUUUAAUAUAGAGUUAAGACUGUUAAAAAGAGUUAGACUAAAUGGAUAAAACAGCAGAAAGAAUUGCCAGAUAAAAAUUUGAAAAGAAAAAAAAUUUUGAUUUAAUAGAAGAAGUUUACUAAACUAUAUAUUCAAUUAUUUAUGAUAAUUUUGACUGUUGUAAUUAGAUUAUUUAAGAGGAUACUGUUAUUGACUUUUUAUUUACUCAAUUAAGUUAACAUAGAGAAUAAAUUGAAAAAAUUUUUAAAUAAAUAGUUUCUAAAGCUAGAUAUAAUCCUAAUAUAGCUGAAAAAUGGAUAAACAGAAUUUCUACAAUAACAGAAAUAAAUUUAGAAGAUUAAAUUUUCAUUAUAACAAUUAUUAAUUUAUUUAUUUCAUAAUCCUAACAAGUCAGUGUAGAAGGUUAAAAUUUAUGUAGAAAGAUGCUUUUUUAAAAUAAAAAAUGCAAAUUGUUAAAAUGUUUGAUAAUAGAAUAAUUACCACUACCUAUCUUAGAAAUAGAAGCUGAACCUGAAAAUUUUGCAAAAAAUAAUGAAAAAUUUUAUCAAGAUCAUCAUACUCAUUAUCCUAACCUAGUAUAAAAUCAAAUUUGUUUUGAAUAUUUUACUUAAUAUGAUUUACAUUAAAAUUAUCAUAAAUAUGAACAAUAUUUGCUUAAUAUUAUGAAUUUAUAUGCAAUCAUGUGUAGAGGUAGAAAUUUUAAGAAUAUAUAAUUAAUAAAAAAUGUAGUAGGUAUUAAUGAUUAGUUCUUUAGAAAUUUAAUACAUUCUAAACAUAGUUUAUCAUGCAAAUAAGCUAUUAUAGAAUUGCUUUCAUCCUUAUAUUUUGAUAUAGAUCCUUUGACUAAAAUUUCAAUUUUCGAAAAUACUUGUUAUUUAAGUUAAGCUUUAUAGGAUUUUAAUUAAGAAUUAGAAUCUGGUACUUAUUUUUAUGAAAAUAUAUCCUCAAUUAAUCUUACAAAUUCAGGUUAGUUUAAAAAAUUUUAAGAGACUUUGGUAACCUAAGAAAAUAUGAAAGAUCUAUUGUAUCUAAAAUAAUUUUCUUCACAUAUUAUUACAAGUUAAAAGUAUCAUGAAUAUUAUAUAAAAUUAUUCUUAUAAGAUGAAUAUCCAUAAAUAUUAAGGUCAGAAUCAAAUGGUGAAGUUAAUUAUAAAAAAAUAGCUAAAAUUUAAUUGUAAUUUUUUUUAAGUUUAAUUCGAUUAAUUAAAAACUCGAUUGAUUUAGGAUACAAUAAAUUAUCUUUAAAUAAAAAAAUUUAAGAAACUUUACCGAAUAUAUUUUUUAUAUUGAAAAUUUAAUAAAAUUCAGAAUUCAAAAAAUUCGAAUUUAUAGAUGACAAAAGUUUUUAGUAAAAUAAGUAAACGUUGGAAGAAUAUAUAUCAAGUCUACCUUGUGAAAAAUCUAAUAAAUCAUGGAUUGCAUAAUUUCUGCUAUGGACAACAUCAAUUUGUACUGAAUCAGAUUUAAUAGAAUAGAUAUUUUUAGAAUCCUUAAACAUCUAUAAAGUAUUAUUUUACUUAUAAGCGAAUUUAUAAAUCUUAUAAUACUUGACUCAAAAAUAAAAUUCAGAAUUGUUUAAAAAUCAUAAUACAAUUUUAUUUACUUGUUUACUUGGAAAAAUAAAAUUUCCAAAUCUUAAUAGUGAAAUCUUGAAAUAUCUAAUUUAAAGUUUUAAUAAUUACUCUUAUAAUUAUAAAGAAAUUAAAGAAGUUGAAAUUCUUGACGAUAAAAUAGAACAAUAAUAUUUUGGAAUUAUAAAUGGACAUUAUGGAGCUAAAGAUGUUUAAGGACCAAAAGAAAUAUAAUAAUGUGUUAAGAAAGCAAUCAAAUAUAUAUAAAGUGAUAAUCAGAGAUAUAAAGAAUCUUUUUAAAAAAUAUCUUAAUAUAUUUAGAAUUUAAAUUAAUUAUUUGAAAAGAUAAUAAAAGAAAAUCCCUGUUAUUUCAAAUCUUUCUAGAAUAUGGUUAGAAAUGCUGGGAUACAUCACAUUUUUGUUGAAUUCAUAAUGAAUCCAGAUCUAAUUAUUGAAAAUGAAGAUGUUGUGUAUUUUUACAAAAGUGUAUUGAAAUUUUGGGAAAAUUUUAUUAGAGGUAAUUAAACUAAUUUAUAAAUUUUGAAACCUAAAUUAGAUGUUCUUUUUAAAAUAUUAUUAAUACCAUAACCUUUAUUUUUAGGUGAGAAAUUUUUAUAUAAGUCUUUAUCAAUUUCUAAGCUAGAAAUUUAUUGUGAAUCUAGUUAAAUUAUAGAUAUAAUUAUAAAUAUUACUAAUUCAUUGAAUUUAAUUGAAAAUUUAAUCCAUAUUAGAGCUGGAAGAUAAUAUUUAAAAGUUUUAAAAGGAUUUACAAAAACACCCACAAAACUUAGAUCAAAUUAAAUAAGCAAUUAAAAAGAAAUUUUACAUUUAACACUUUAAAAUUUUAGAAAUUUAAUAGAUCCAAAUCAAUAUUUUUUAGAAAAUAAUCAAAAAGAUAAAUAAAUAUAAACUAAUAUUCUUAGAUAUUCUUAACUCAAACUUCAUUCCACUGCCUUAAAUCUGAUAUCAGAAUCAUGUGAAAACUAUUACUUAGGUAUAUCUGAGACUUAAAGAAUUUUAUUGUUUGAAUAAUUAAUAAUUGUUUUAUAGGAAGAACCCUAUAUUGUAAAAGCUGCUUAUUUAAGGUGUAUCUUUGAAUUAUAUAUAAAUUCAGUCGAAUCAAAUGAUCUUUAUAGAGAUCUUAUUGAUAAUCGUUAAAUUAAUGAAUUAUUUAAACAAAUAAUUAUUCCAGAUUUUUAAAAAAUGGAACAAUUUAAUAAAUAUCAUCAUUUAGGCAAUUCAAUAUUACUUAAUAAUAAAGAAUAUUGGAAAUAUAUAAAGUAUGUUUUUGAAUUUCUAAUUUUGGUUAUAGAUGAAUUUAAAAUUUAGGGAAAGCUAAUUGAAUGUAAUUUUAUUGAAAAUUAUAAAAAGAUACUUAUAUUAAUCUAAGAUAUGUUACUGAACUCAUCCAAUCAUUUUAUAUCAGAGAACAGUGAUUACAUCAAAUUAAUAACUAAAAUUAUUGAAUCCUUUGUUACAAAUUAAGAUUUCAAUCUCGAAGAAAGAUUAUAAAUUUAUUGCAUUAGAUAAAAAAUAUAAUAAUCAGAUUUAAUAGAUUAUGUUGAUUACAAAUACGACAUUAAUAAUUUAGAAAAGAUUUGUAAUAUAAAUAACAAAAUUUAUGUUAAAUAAGAAGAUAAAAAUGAUAAAAGUUGGAUUAGUUUCAAAAAAAAAGCAUCAAGUUUUCAAAAUGAAAUAAAUUAAUCUCCAUCUUCUGAUAAAACAAGGUAGAAAGCGGAAACGAAUUUGUAAGAUUUAAAAGAAAAGUUUCAAGUUGAAGAAGAAAAUAAAGUUAAAGAAUUUUUUAAGGAAAAAGGAUGGAGUAGUGAAAAUUAAAAUCUUUUGUCUGAAGAUUCAUAAAUUUAAAUCUUUUUACAUGAACUUCAAUCAUAGUCAAAUAAUUUUUUUGAAAAAAACAAUUUUAAAGACUUUUUAAAUGAAUGUAAAUAAAUAUUUUCUUAGAAUUCCAAUUAUUUAAUUAAAUUAUGUAAAAUAUUUUUAGAAAUGAAAAAGCCAGAUAAAAAAGCUAUAUUUAAUGAUGAAAGUGAUAAUGAAAAACAUUAAGAAAAAUACGAACAAUUUACAAUAUUCCAAAAUUUAAUAUCUGAAUGUGAAAUUCAUGUAUUAGCUAUUGAAUAAUUAAAUCAUUAAAAUAUGAAUGAAUAAUUAGAUUCUUUAACUUUGUUACAUCAUUUAUUAGAUUUUGGUAAUGCAUAAGUUUAAUAAAGAUUUUUCAUUCUUUUAUAAAAUCAUAAAAAGCAUAAAAAAAUAUUUAUUCAGUUUUUUAAGGAUUUUUAUAAUGCAGAUGUGAACAAAAAAUUAGAGAAUUUAAGUUCAUCUAAAAAUACUAAUUUUAUAGUUAUAUGCAUUAAAGUUCUUCAAGUUUUAUAAGGAUUAUGUGAGAAUGUUCAUAUAGAGUUUUAAAAAUUCUUGAGAAUACAAAACUUAUAAGAUUCUAUUACAAAUAAUUUUAAUUUUGUUUUACAAACAACUGAAUUAAUAGUAAACUUUUUAGAAGACAGAACUGUUGAUAAUUCCUAGAAAUGGGAUUUAUAUUAGUAGGGAUUAUAAAGUUUAAUUGAAUUUUCAACUGGAGAUAAUGAAAAUAAAAAAGAGAUAAUAAAAAUUCCUAAAUUAUUUUCUGGAUUUUAUUAGAUAUUUAAUACCAAGAUUACUUAAUCAUUAAGAGAUAAUUUUGAUAUUUUAAAGACACUCUACAUUUAUAUUUAAUUACUGUUAUCUUUAUUGGAAGGUAAUGUAAAUGAUAAUAAAUCGGUUUAUAAAUUCUUAUUAGAAAAUUUAGAUGAUGAGUUCCUAUUGAAUUUGGCAUAAUAUAUUUAUAAUUCUAGAAUACGAGUUAAAAAAACAUAUAUAUAUGUUGAUAAAUAUUGCAGUUGUAAGCAAAAUUUAUAAUGUGAUAAAAGUUUCUGUAAUAAUGGAUAUGUAACAAAAGAAGAUUCUUUACUAAUUGAAACUGGAUUAAACAUCCAUAUUAUAGGUCUAAAAUUGUCUAAUUUUAGUAAUGAUUAAAAGUUUAAAAGAUUUUAUUUUGAAAGUGAAAGAGAUUUAAAUUAAGAAGAUAAUAAAACUUAAAAAGAUUUUAAUUAGAAAUAUCCUUUAUCUAAAGCUUCUUCAAUUAAUCCUUAAUUUACUAAAAAAUAUACUGAAAAUUAAAAUUAGGUUACUUUUUUAUUAGAUGGAAUUAAAGAAGAAAAAUAAAAUAAAUUAGACAAAUUACCAUUAGUAAUAUAAUUAGAAUCUAAUUAAUUUUAUAAUUAAUUUAUAGGUAGAAUUGAGGUAGUGAAUUAAUGUGGUGUAAUUGAAAGAAUUUUAUUUUAGAAACCUUUUGUUUGUAAAUAUAUUACAUAAAACAUUAAAUAAAGUUUGAUCUAUGAAUCAAAUAGAGAUUCUGAUGAAGAUAGACUUAGUAGUCUUUUAGAGAAUAUCAAUUUUUAUCAUGCUUAAAUGAUUCAUUAUUAAAAGAUCAGUACUUUUCCAGUAAUGCAUUUUGGCUAAAAAUAUUGGAGAACUUUAAAAGAUAUUUCUUUUAUUUUAUGCGUUUUUAUUGUUUUAUUCUUUAUUUUAUUGCCUGAUGAUAUAUUAGAUGAUAGUAUUUUUUAUUUAGAAGAUGAAAACAAUAGUUAAUCAAAAAAAGUAAUAGCGGUGUUGUAUUUAAAUAAUGUAAUUUAAUAUUUAUUAAAUAGAUUAUAACAAUAAUUCAAAUAAUAUUGAAUUUUAUUAUUAUAAUAUUUUGUGCUAUUGAAAGAUAUCCAAUUGCUGUUAAUUUUAGAAGAGGAGCAACUAAUGUUUAACAUAUUCAGAAACUUAAAAAGUAGGCAGGAUUUAAAAUUCCAGAAUACAAAUAGAAAUAUUAUGAAUUUUUUGGUUAAAUGGAAUAAUAUUUUGAAUUACAAAAAGAUUAAUAGAUACCUAAGAGGAAAAUUAUUGUAUUACUUUUAAUGGAUUUCGAUAAUUUUUACAAUGUAUAAUAAUAUUAAAUAUCUAGAUAAUGAUAUUUGGAAUCACAGCUAUUGCAUUCUUCAAUAAUUAUGUUUAUGUAAUAUUAUUAUUAGAUAUUGUAAAAAGAUCAGAGGUUUUAAAAAAUAUCAUAAAAGCUUUUACUGGAAAUACCAAAAACCUUAUGGUAUUUGGAUUUUUAGGUUUAAUAGGACUAGUUUUAUAUGGAUUUUUAAUAAAAAUAUCAUUUAGUGAUGAUUUCAAAGAUGAAACAAAAUUUGCUUCAGAUUCUUUGGGUUAUUCUAUCGCUCAUGUUAUUAAUUUUGGUUUAAGAAAUGGUGGUGGAAUUGGUGAUACUCUAUCUGAUUAUUCUAAUCCUUUUGAUGAACCAAAUCAAUAUUGGAAAAGAUACUUUUUUGAUCUAAUUUUCUUUAUCAUCUUCAAUAUAUUGUUUUUAUAAAUGAUUUUUGGAAUUAUUGUAGAUAAGUUUGGAGAAUUACGUGAUGCGAGAUAAGAAUUAUUAAAAGACAUUAAAGGCAAAUGUUUUAUUUGUAGUCUUGAAAGAAAUGAAAUUGAUUCUAAGUAAAUUAUUAAUUUAUUUAAUUAGAACUAAAGGAGGAUGGUUCUAACAUAUUUUUUUAGAACAUAAUGUUUAUCAUAUGCUCUUUUAUUUAAUUUAUAUUAAAAAAAAACCAAUCACAGAGUGUAAUUAAUUGGAAAAGUACAUAAAAGAUUAAAUACAAAAUAAAUUCUCUGAGUUCAUUCCAGUUAAAAUGACAUAUGAACUACAAAAUUAACAAAAAUAAUAGUCAUGA